CCCUCUUAUGGCUGACUCCGACCUGCCGGCGACAUAUUUUUCGGCGAGUUUGAAAACUCCGACGAAUUAACUUUACAAGCUUUAUUGGAGCUUUUUUAUUCCCAUUUUAUAAAAACAAAUCUCGCUUUGUUUAAAAUCCUACUCCAAUAUUCUCAUUUGCUGUUUAUAUUUUUUAAUUAAUGGAGAAAGCUGAAGAAAACAGAGGAAACGAGUGUUUUUCAAGGGAUUUAUUGCAUAAUAUCAUCAACGGAAAAAGGAAUUGUGAAUUUGAUGAAAAUGUGGGGGCUGAAGAUGAUAUAGAGCUAAGUUUGGGACUUUCAUUGAACGGUAGAUUUGGGAUGGAACCAAAAAGAGAAAAGAGGCUCAAACGUUCUUGUUCCUCGAUAACAAAUUUUGUGUUUUCUUUUGGUGAUAAUUAUAAUAAUAGUUAUGGAAAUGAAAUUCAAUUUGGUGAUGCCAUUUACGCACCACUUAAUAGGACGUGUUCUUUGCCUACGGAAACAGAGGAGGAAUGGAGAAAAAGGAAGGAGUUGCAAUCCUUAAGGCGUUUGGAAGCUAAGAGGAAAAGAUUGGAGAAAAUGAAGAAUGUUGUUAAAGGUGUUGUAAAGGAAAAUGAAGAAAAUGGGAAUUCUUAUAGUAAUGGUACUGAAACUUGUGGGAAUUUUUUACAGUCUUCAGGUGGGUCGUUGGGAUCACAGGGAAGUGGUUCUGGUUCUUCUGGAAUUUCUGAAUUUGAGAGUCAUCAACCUAUUCAAGGGCGGAGUGAUAGUACUGAAGCAAGACCUGCAGCCAGUGGCCAAUCUCCAGAGCACGAACAGAAAUCGGUCGCCAUAGCACCUGAAACUAGUAAUGAGAAAGCACCAGUCUCGUCUGGAAAAACUUGCAAGGAAGCUAAAGAAAUGUUCAAAAACUUCAUGCUGAACAUGCCUUGUGUUUCAACAAGAGGCGAUGGACCAAAUGGGAAGAAAAUUGAAGGAUUUUUAUAUGGAUAUAAGAAGGGAGAAGAAGUGAGGAUAGUCUGUGUUUGUCAUGGUGACUUUCUAUCCCCAGCUGAGUUUGUUAAACAUGCUGGUGGAGGUGAUGUACAACACCCUUUGAAGCAUAUUGUUGUUAAUCCUUCACCUUUGUUGUAACAAUGGCCUUCGCCCAAAAUGGGAUUAGCUUUAAUAUCAUUGUUUAUCUUCCUUUUGUUUUGUGAACUAAGUUCCUGAAUCAAGUUAACAAGGUUAAGCCGA